UUUCUAAGGUUGGCAAGAGCCCCAUAGGCGUUGUGCAAUAUCUUUCUUUGGGUGAAGGAUGCUACUUUUUGGGAAGUGUGGUUCACGAAAUGGUGCAUGCUGUUGGCUUUUACCAUGAACAAAACAGGUCGGAUCGAGACGACUAUGUUACUAUUCACUGGGACAACAUUAUCGUAGGCAUGGAGCCGCAAUUCGAGAAAAGGAAGCCGGAAGAAAAUCAACUUUUAACGCCUUACGACUACGAGUCCAUCAUGCAUUAUGACAGUUUAGUCUUCAGCUACGACAAGCUUCGUGAUCGAAAAACAAUAACCCCGAAGCAAAAAGGAGUGGUUUUGAAGACAACCAGAGAAAAACUUCUUAGUCCUACCGAUAUCCUUAAAAUCAACAAGCUUUACAAAUGUUGAAAAGAAAUUUUCUAGAAUAUGUACUUUUUUUUUUUUUGUUUGAAUAAAGAUUAUUUUAAAUAUGUA